GGAGUCGCCCCCUGGUGGUCACUAGAGAGAAUGCAGCUUUAGGACACUUGCCGUCUGUUCCCAACAAACGUUGACUUGUGAUGAGAAUCCGUUGAGGAGCGUGUGUUUAUGGAAAAUGAAAAAUGUGCCCAAAUGUGAUCAGUCUACCUCCUUUUUCUUCCCCAGAUACUUUUGCCAGUAAGGUGGCUGCUACCCAGGACCAGUACGCAGACGCAUCCAUUGGUAACGUGACGGGCUCCAACGCUGUGAAUGUGUUCCUGGGCAUCGGGGUGGCGUGGUCCAUCGCCGCCAUCUACCACAACAGCAGGGGGGAGGAGUUCAGGGUGGACCCGGGCAGGCUGGCCUUCUCUGUCACGCUCUUCACCAUCUUCGCCUUCAUCGCCGUCGGCGUGCUGAUGUACCGACGACGGCCGGAGAUCGGUGGAGAGCUGGGGGGGCCGCGGACGGCGAAGAUCCUGACCUCCAUGCUGUUCGUCAGCCUGUGGUUCCUCUACAUCUUCUUCUCCUCACUGGAGGCCUACUGCCACAUCCAGGGCUUCUAAGAGGACCCGGAGACGACGGAAGGGGAACCGAAGGAGAAACACGGAGGAAACCAUUGAUCUAUCACUCCCUCCCUUUACGCAAUAGAUUGAUUGACAGGUGAAUGGAUGUACAGAUGAAGAACUGGAGGACGCAUUGAAGCAUCGAAAAACAGAAUGGAAGGAAAUACGGACGCAUGGAAGGAUGACGACAAAACAGGAAAAUCACAGGAGCUGCAGAGAAGCUGGAAGAAGAAGAGGUGGGAAGAUGUCAGAAGAAGGAAUAAACAAAGGAAUACUUUUUAUUUUGUCUUGAUCUAUAAAUCCAAACCAAUCAAGUUGUCUUAAAGCCCCCGUAUUAAAUACAUGAAACUCUGGUUCAACCAUAAAGAAAUGAAGAUGAGUUUUAACAAAACGAGGAGUGGAUGUGUGGCUUCAUAUAUAUCCCCCCCUGCAGUCGCUACUCCCAACGUCCAACUACAGUAAGAGACACGAGUGAGACGGAUCAGUACGUCCAUGCAUGACCAGACGAUACUGAACACUCAAUCAGAAGAAACCUGGAUAUAACCGCCGCAACUGUUUAACGACAACAAACUCUGUGUGUGUGUGUGUGUGUGUGUGUGUGUGUGUGUGUGUGUGUGUGUGGCUGUGCGUUUCUGUGCUCGUGUGUUGUUGGAAAGACAGUCGAGUACUGUGAAAAAACAACAAAAACAAAAGAAAAGGCCUCUGGUUUUGCUGAGACGGAGUAUGCUUUUCUUAUCGGACGUCUUUUCUGACUCCCGCUCUCCCCCGGCCUGUAGAAGCGCCGAGUAAGACUCUUUGCAGGGAGGGCGCGUUCCAUUUGAACAUCACUGAGGUUAAGAAAUGUAAUAUACGAGCUGAAGGUUCAUUACAGCUUCCGCCAGUUUCCUUCUGAAGGCCUCGGUUACGCCUCCUGAGCGGGCCUCUCUCUCUCUGUCGCUCCAUGCAGUAGGUGUAAAUGAUUGAAGGUCUCAUUUGAAGGGUUCGUGUGCUUCUACCUUUAAUAAGGCCGCGUCUGAGAAGACACAACGGCCACUCUACCGUUUGAAACUGUUAGAGAAACUAUUAUCAUUGCAUAAAUAUCUAGGUUAUGUGUGUUUUAUUUUUUGAACUAUGAGAUUGCCCCACCAUGUGUCAGUCGUAACAUUGCAAUAGACUUUUGAAAACGUAGGCUCCGCCCUCUGUGAAUCCUCAUUGGCUGUCUGUUUCUCGUCAUGGUUUUCUCCUGGCUUUGAUGCCCGUUGGUUUACUAGCUUGUGUCAUUGUCCCCGUGUGUCUUAAGCACCUCCCCCCGGCUGGUCAGUGGACCAAUCAAAAAUCCUCAAGGGCUUUGUAAGAAUCAACCACUAGUCCCUUCACCCUGACCCUUGAUGUAUAAGUCUUCACAUAGACUGGUCUUUAGGGGGCUAUUUAACAGGGAGUCGUAUUCCUUAACAUUACCUGCUCAGAUAUUAGGACUUUUCUUCAGCGUAGCUUUGAAAGGGAAAAAACAACAAGACUACAUGACAGUUGAGUGCAGACAUCGUCAAACCAAGUACACGGAGUUACCGAAAUAUUGGCUAAAAGCGACCCGAUGAUCCAAAGUACUCGGUCGGACGAGUCUUCAAUCCUUCUUGGAUUCUUUCCCGGUUCAUUACAAAGACCGCCGAUAAAUCAAACCAUCCAUCCGAUGUUCUUCUGCCGCUCUGCUUCUUAAAAUACUUCCCUUCAGGCAUGUGGGCUAUGAAGGCCUAAACCUGAAGGAAGUACUGAAGGUUCAUGUUGUUUCUUUAUCCAAGGACAGGUGUUUGCUCUCGACUGAAGAACCAUAAUCUGAAGUAUGAGAUUCACUGCUUUGGAAAUCAACCUUCA